GACUGCAUCAGACUGUUGUGUCCAGUUUUUAAGGUUCCAUCUGCAAGAGAAGUUUCAUACCAGGGAGGAGAAUGUUUGGUCAUUAUUUCUUUUUGGUUACUUUUGGUUACCUGAAUGUUCUCGAAACGAGUGUAAUUCCUCAACUUCCAUGUUUAAACGCACAGAACAUUUCAGUGGUGCCUCAAGAGAAUGACUUGUCAGGAAAGAGGGCAUACAGCCCAUCGAGAAGCUCCUACUUGACAUCUGUGCGUCCAUCCCAGAACAUGGUUCACAAAACCCCAGCUGGAGUAGUAGAUAUUGAAGAAGGAAAUUUCUUUGAAGGAGAUAUCAUAUUGAGACCGGAGCAGCAGUUCAGAUUAAUGCAGAAGCAGAUAGCGGGCGGCAUGGCUCUGAGGACGUGGCCAGGCGGCAUCUUGUACUACGAGUACAGUGACGAGUUUCAUGAUGAGCAUAAGGCCAUCAUCGAGAGGGCAAUUUCCGACUUACAGCGAGAGACGUGCGUGAGAUUCGUACGCAGGACCACUGAGCCUACCUACAUUCUGUUCCGAAACACAAAUCGUGGCUGUGCGUCUCAGGUUGGCUACCAUCCGACAGGCCGGGGGAUGGACCUGUACUUGAGCUCUCCUGGUUGCCUGAGGACAGGCACUAUUCAGCACGAGUUACUGCACGCCCUAGGCUUCUGGCACGAACAUACUCGACCUGAUCGCGACGCCUUCAUCAGCAUCUUGUGGAACAACAUUGUACCUGGACGUGAAUUCAACUUCCGGGCACGCUCUCAUUACGAGCCACACGAGUGGCUGCCUUACGACUACAACAGCGUGAUGCAUUACCGCGCUGUCGCCUUCUCCAAGGACCGCCUGAGUGCCACGAUUGUGCCGAGAGACAGCAAAGCUUUCUUCGCUAUUGGUCAGCGCGUGCGGGUCAGUCCGAUGGACCUAGCCAAGCUGAACGCGCUCUAUAACUGCGACACACACUCGCUCCCUUCGGAUCCUACAAAGGGCUUUUCCUCGGAAGAUUUAUUUUCUAAUUCAGGAAUGAAAAAAGAUACUUCCUCCACGGAGUCUGAAAAGAGAUUGUUUUCUAAUCCUGAAACAGAAACAGAGACAUCCCCUUCUGAGCAUGAAGACAACACGUCUCCUCCGAAACCCGAAAAGGACAUAUCCUCAGAAGAUCAUCUGUUAUUGCGUGUUGGUCAGUGUUUACAGAGUUGUUGCCUGGCAACGCGUUGAUCAACCCUCUUACAAUAUUAUCUAAAUCUGAAAUGGAAGAGAUUCACGUCCUCAUCAGUCUGUGGUCGUGGGUGAGGUUUCAGUACAGUCUGCAUAGAACACUCGAGUAUCUUCCCCAUAUUCUGAUCAGGAUGGCACAUCUUCCUCACAGCCUCGAAAAUGCUGUUUAUUAUUACCUCUACUGCCCUUAAGGGAAGAAUGUCAUAAUGAAAGAGAACAGUUGGCCCGAAAUCAUCAAACAAGGAAGUCCUUUCCGUCUUACACAAUUCUUCGGACACCAUGGAUCAGGUAUAAACUCAAACUCAGUUUCUGAAUUGUUUUGAUUUACCAAAUAAAAUGAGUAUUCAGACUU